AUGCAAGCGGAAGGCGAUGGAUACCGCAAUGAAGGGUCAAAAAUCAACAAACAAACAGACAUAACAAAUGGCGACAAUCUUUCAACUUUCAGUGCUGCAAACGAAAAGCAACUUGAAGUUGUUGAAAAUGUGAACACAUAUGAAGAUGAAGACAUUGAUAUACAAGUCGUGAACGAGUUAGCAUUGAACAAAGACGAUAGAACAUUACCCUGUUUUACAUUGCGAGUGUUCGUAACCGGAAUUGCUCUAGCUUCAUUAAGUUCUUCAGUUUAUCAACUGAUGGUAUUUAAGCCUGUAGGAAUACCGCUCACAAACACAUUUAUGCUCAUGAUUGCUUAUGUAUUUUGCAAUGCAUGGGCAAAGUAUUUACCUAGUGGUGGCUGGCUUAAUCCUGGUACUUUCAAUGUAAAAGAACAUACCUGUAUUUAUGUGAUUGUCUCCUCAGCAAAUGCGUCUGCCUAUGCAACUCAUAUAUUAGCAGCUCAAAGCCUCUAUUAUAACGACGUUCCUGGGCCGGUUGGUUCAAUUUUUCUUCUGCUAGCCACACAAAUGGUUGGAUAUGGUAUUGCAGGACAAUUACGCACCUUUCUCGUCUAUCCUGCCAACAUGAUUUGGCCAACUUCUUUGCCAACUGUAUCACUAUUGCAAACAUUAAACUCAAAACAAGAUGAAGCCCGCUGGAGAACCCGUUUCUUUUUUAUAGUAUUUGCAGCUACGUUUAUUUACGAGUUUAUACCGCAGUACAUGAUGCCCAUGCUGGGAGGGAUUUCCAUCCUCUGCCUUGCUAAACCUGAAUCAGUAUGGAUCCAACGUCUAUUUGGUGGGCUCUCAGUCAAUGAAGGGCUAGGCAUGCUACAGCUUAGUUUCGACUGGAAUUAUUUGUCCAAUCUAAGCCCGUUAGUACUGCCGUUGUGGGUGCAGAUGAAUAUUUAUGUAGGUAUUGCUGUUUUGUGGAUUAUUGCUCCUUUAAUCUAUUAUUACGAUGUAUGGCAGGCACAGAGUUUCCCGUUUUUGUCCAAUUCUAUCUUUCAGCUACUGCCUAAUGGUACCUCGACUAUAUACCCUCAGAAAUAUGUGUUGGGAAAAGACAAUGCUUUAAAUCAGACCGCAUUGGAAGAAGUAGGCAUGCCUUAUUUUCCUGCAGUAACAGCAUUGCAAUAUAUAUUCAUCAACUUUGCUGUAACUGCAUCGGUUGCUCAUAUCGCUCUCUUUUAUGGAAGGGAUAUUUGGCAGAACGUGAAACAAGCAUAUCAACAGCGGAAAAUUCGCCUGCAAAAUAGUGGCAGUAGUACCGAGAACACAGAAGCAGCCAACUUAGCUGAGGAUCCCCAUAUGCAAAUGAUGUCAUUUUAUAAAGAGGUACCAACCUGGUGGUAUUAUGUAGUUUACUUUGGCGGCAUUGGGAUGAAUAUAGCUGUUGCCUAUGCUAAUAAGAGUCAAUUGCCUUGGUGGGCGGUCGUUCUUGCCAUAGUGAUGUCCACUAUAUUAUCAUUACCUUUGAAUAUGAUUACAGCAAUCACAGGCUCAGGAUUCGGUCUAAAUGUGUUUGCAGAAAUGAUUUGCGGUUUUGUCCUUCCAGGCUUACCAAUUGCAAACAUGUAUUUCAAAACCUUGGGUUAUAAUACUUUAAACCAAGCCGGAAAUAUGGCAAGUGAUUUGAAGAUCGGUCAUUAUUUAAAAGUGCCCCCGCGAGCCAUUUUCUUGAAUCAAAUGUUAGGCACGUUUAUAGGAUGCAUUUUCAAUUAUAUCGUUAAUCACAGUGUGGUCAAUUCUCAAAGAGAUGUAUUGCUCAAUCCGAUAGGAAAUAAUAUUUGGAACGGCUCCUCUCCGCAGACCAUCAACUCGGCUGCUAUUACAUGGGGUGCAAUUGGCCCUUUAAAUAUGUUUGGACCUAACUCAAGAUAUUUUAUUGUUCUUUGGGCAUUUCUGGUUGGCUUCUUACUACCUAUACCUGGAUGGCUUCUCCAUCGCCAAUUUCCAAAGGUUGGAUUCAAGUAUAUCAACACACCCAUGAUCCUUGUUGGCCUCACAAUUGUUCCAGGUGCUGCUACUAGUUGGAUUACCGUUUCGUUUAUCAUUAUCUUGACCUCGCAACUUUAUAUGAAAAGAUAUCACAGAAACUGGUUUGUGAAAUACAACUAUCUCAUAUCGACCGCAUUGGAUUCAGGUACUUCUUUGAUGGUAUUUAUCAUCGCUAUGGCCCUUUAUGGAGGGGUGAGCGGUGUAAACCUUCCUUUUCCGUCAUGGUGGGGCAACAGAACAGACUUGAAGUACAUGGACCAAUGUUGCGCCUCUUGCAAAUAA